AUGGGACAUUUCAGCAACACCAAGAGCAUUAGCAUUGUGGUGGAUGUGGUUGGGUUGAUCAAGAACGGUGCCAUAGUGCAGAGCAGGAUAUUGUCAGGUCAUAGGCAGCUUUGCAACGCAGUGGAAGCAAUGAAUGACUGGGUUGGGACUGGGACCUGGCUGCAAAUUCCCGGAGCUGUCAAAACUGUGAGGUUGUGUGGUGGCAAAUAUGCCCAGGUUCCUGAGGGCAUCAUUGAUGCUGAACUGUGGGUCCUUUUUGUUGCCUGUGCGAAGUCAAAGAGUUUUGUGUCCCAUAGGGCACAAUGGGCAAGAGCUUAG